AUGCAAAGAAACUGUCAAAUUCUUCGAACCUGGUGUCAAACAGGUCACGUUUUAUUGCCUGCUUCCCGACCACUGCAAUACUUUUCGAGCUUCUCGCCAGCCCAAGCCUGCCAUUCCAACCAAGCAAAAGAAAAGUCUCGUUGUCAGGCUUCAACGAGGGAUGUCUCUACUACAACGACGAUUAAGCCAGCACUAUCAAUGUGGCACAUAAAAUUCUGGAACUGCCGGUCAACAUGGAAGCGAGCCGGGAUCAAUACACUGCGGUGCCUUGUUGGCUGCACCCUUGGUGACUUCUCCGCUCUGUGGAUGCUGCAAACUUACUAUCCCGCGCUUGGGAUGGGCACAAUCAUGGCCGCAUCUAUGGCGUCUGGUAUGACUACAUCGAUCAUUCUUGAGACCAUACUUCUUCGGCGGGGCGUUGACCAGCUCUCCUGGCCAAUGGCAGCGCGCACAGCGAUGGGUAUGAGUAUGGUCUCGAUGGUGGCAAUGGAAGCGGCUGAGAAUAUCGUUGAUUAUCAUUUCACUGGGGGCGUGGUGGCGCUAGGAGACCCUAAAUUCUGGAUGGCGGCUGCGGUGUCGAUGACUGCUGGUUAUCUUGCUCCGUUGCCGUACAAUUACCAUCGUCUGAAGAAGUAUGGAAAGGCCUGUCAUUGA